AUGGUGGAAUUCGAGAAAGAAGUCGAGGCUGCGACUUCGCCAGCACUGUCGACAACGGCGUCAUCAGACCGUGAUGAAAAUUACGAGUUUUACCGCCAGAACCGAGGGCUCGAGUAUACACCAGAGGAGGCAAAGAAGACUCUGAGAAAAAUUGAUAGACGACUGAUUCCCCUUUUGUUCGUUAUCUAUAUGAUUCAGUAUUUGGACAAAAACAGCAUCAACUUCGCCUCCGUGUACGGUCUCAAGCAAGGGACUCAUCUGAAAGGACAGGAUUAUUCGUGGCUGAGUUCUAUCUUCUACUUCGGCUACCUGAUUGCCCAGUGGCCAGCCGGCCUGGCUUUCCAGAAGCUGCCGGUCGGAAAGUUUCUCGGAGGCACGACGAUAAUAUGGGGUGGCCUGCUCAUGACCACACCGGCAUGUCACAACUUUGCUGGCAUUGCCAUUAAUCGUUUCCUUCUCGGCCUCGUCGAAGCCGUCGUCAACCCAGGCUUUGUCCUCAUGAUGAGUAUGUGGUACACUACUCGUGAGCAGCCCUUGCGUUUGGAAUCGUAUUACUGCACGAACGGUAUUGCGACUAUGUUUGGCGGCCUUAUCGGCUAUGCUGUCGGCCACAUUUCUACGGGUCUGCCUCGCUGGAUGUAUGUCUUCCUCAUUUUUGGCGCUUUCUCCGUCGUCACUGGUAUUUUCGCCCUGUGGCUACUCCCCGACCUGCCAUCAACUGCCAAGUUCCUGUCCGAGCGGGAGCGCGCGAUUGCUGUCGACCGCGUCGCGAUCAACCGACAGGGUGUCAAGAGUCCCAAAUUCAAGUGGUAUCAAGUCUGGCAAGCAGCCAGAGACCCGAAGACAUGGCUGCUCUUCAUCAUGGCUGUGGGUGCCCAGGUGCCCAACUCGGCUUUGACAAGUUUCACCUCGAUUAUCGUCGGCACCUUCGGCUUCGAUACCCUCGGCACCCAAUACCUCCAGAUCCCUGGUGGUGCAGUCAAUUUCCUCACCCUGAUAACUGGCGGGUGGAUUGCGACCAAAUACGCAGACAGAUUUCAUUCACGCAGUGCAUGCAUGAUCAUCGCCAAUUUGACUUGCAUCUUGGGAUCCGGCUUGCUGGUUGGUCUGCCCAACUCGAAUAAAUGGGGCCGCCUCGUGGCCCUUUGGCUUUGCUAUUUCCAGGGUCUGGGCUUCAGCAUGAGUCUGACAAUUGUCAGCUCUAAUAUUGCUGGUUACACCAAGAAGCAGGUUACCGGCGCGUUGCUGUUUACUGGGUACUGCGUUGGCAAUAUCAUUGGCCCACAGACAUUCAAAGACAGCGAGGCGCCUGGAUACCACAGCGCUUAUAUUGCAAUGCUUGCUGGAUACGCGGUCAAGACAGUUUCGAUUGUUGCGCUGUACUUAUACAUGUACCUCGAGAACAAGCGACGCGAUCGUGCAGCAGUUGAAAGUCAAGAGUCGGAGGGCGAUGGUGUGGAGAAUGGAAUGCUGGAUCAAACCGAGCUUGAUAACAAAGCCUUCCGUUAUGUCCUGUAA